CGGUUCCGGCGCGCUAGAGGCCCCGGGUGGUGAACGAGGCUCCGGCACCAUGUCUGGUUUGUCUGGCCCACUCUCCUGGCCUGGCCCUCGCCCCUGUGCGUUGCUCCUUCUGUUCCUGCUCGGCCCCAGCUCGGUGCUCACCAUCUCCUUCCAUCUGCCCGUGAACUCUCGCAAGUGUCUCCGCGAGGAGAUUCACAAGGACCUGCUAGUGACGGGCGCCUACGAGAUCACCGACCAGUCGGGGGGCGCAGGCGGCCUGCGCACCCAUCUCAAGAUCACAGAUUCUGCCGGCCAUAUUCUGUAUGCCAAAGAGGAUGCAACUAAGGGGAAGUUUGCCUUUACCACGGAAGAUUAUGACAUGUUUGAAGUGUGUUUGAGAGCAAAGGUAGGAACAGGGCGGAUACCUGACCAACUCGUGAUUCUAGACAUGAAGCAUGGAGUAGAGGCGAAAAAUUAUGAAGAGAUCGCAAAGGUCGAGAAACUGAAACCCCUGGAGGUGGAGCUCCGACGCCUAGAGGACCUUUCAGAAUCAAUCGUGAAUGAUUUUGCCUACAUGAAGAAGCGGGAAGAGGAGAUGCGGGACACCAAUGAGUCCACGAACACCCGAGUCCUGUACUUCAGCAUCUUUUCCAUGUUCUGCCUCAUUGGACUGGCCACCUGGCAGGUCUUCUACCUGCGUCGCUUCUUCAAGGCCAAGAAGUUGAUAGAGUAAUGAGGCUCAGUCUUCUGUCCCCUGGUAUCUCAGCCAGCAGACAUCGCUGGGACGUGCCUGGCCUACCUAGCUCGAGGCCAUCCUACUAAAAGUACCCAGGCACAGUGGAGCUUUCUUGCCAGAACUGAUUUCUUUUGGUGUGGGAGAAUAUGGGGCACCACCUACACCCAGCAAGUCAAUGAGGACUUCUUUUUAAUGUGGUAGGAUUUGGACUGGUUUUUCAACAAGAUUAUUAAAGUCACCUAUGGAAAAACAAAACAAAAAUAGGGGUUACCUAGAUAAUGCCAAAGCCAGCAUUCGUCCUGGGUUCCCUCACGUGAUCCGUUUGAGCUGUUUGCUUUUUAUUUCCCACUUGCUCGUCACCUUGAUCUUCCGCUCUAGUUCUUCCCCCAGUAUUUCUAUGACCGUGGUCAGCUUGUCUCAUGCCAGUUGUCCUCUUCGGUAUCCUUGUGAAAACACCAUGAACUUUCUUUUGGCCCUUAGGUGAAAUGUUUACAUAGCUUCUGGUGAGAUCUUCAUAAUUCUAUGUCUCCUAAAAGGGUCUUGGAUGGGUCACAUAAAAAAUGUGAGCUAUGAACUGUAGGUAAUCUCCUCAAAGAAAAUCUCAAUUUUAGACAAUUAAAAUGUUCAUGUUCAACUGCUUGAACUCCAUGUGUGUGUGUUUAGUUCUGUCUCAAUUUGUCACGUGUAGAUCCCAGUGAUCAUUUCAAGGUACUGUCCUUCCCUUCUCAGCUCAGCUUCUCUAGUCUGCUUGCCACUUCUGUAACUUUGUUACUUUGUUAUGCAGAUGGAUCAUCAAGAGUGUAACCUUUGGAGGUUGACUUCCCACUCAGUAUAAUCCCUGUGAAAUGCCCCUCCAGGUUGUCGCAUGUAUUGCUAGUUGAUUCCUUUUAGUUGCUGAUCCUCCUCCAGGUUAUGGAUGGUAGGCAUUGUGCUUAAAGGUCAUUAUGGGUGGGUUUGGGGAUUUGGCCCUUAACUAGUAAGGCUCUUAUGUGAAUGCAAGUUUUCAUCACUCUGGGAUGAAUGCCUAAGCCGGCAUUUGCUCUGCUGUGUGGGAAGUAGUUCUUAAAAGAAACUUCCCUGCUCUGGUCUAGAGUGGCUAUAGCAUGUUACGCUCCUCAUUCUCAUUAGUAUUUCUUAUCAUUGGUGUUUUAACUUAGCCCCUUGAAUAGGUACCUGUAAUAUCUCAUUAUGGUUUUAAUUUGCAUUUUCCUUUCAUGUGCUAGUCAUUUGCCAUCUGUUUGUCUUUGUCGGUGGAAUGUCUGUUCAUGACUUUUGUCCAUUUUCUACCUGGAUCACUUGUUCACGUCGCUGUGGAGUUUUGUGUAAGUCUUCUAUCAGACGUGCGGUUGCUUGAAUUUUUCACAUAACUUCUACCAGGGAAAAAUAACUACAUUUUACCAGCCCUUCAUGCAUGGCCAGUCACUGACUCCUAAUUCCUGUCCUUAAAAAGCAAAGCCAAGGUUCACUUGUUGGGAGUAUUAAGCACCUCAAGGCCAAGUCUAAUGUACAAAAGAGAUGUGAGGCUGGGAGUGUUCCUCAAUGGUCAAGUGCUUGCCUGACACACGGAAGGCUCUGGGCCUGAUCCCAGCACUAAGGGAAAGUAGCUCCAAAUGUUUGUGAACAGGAAAAACAUUCCUUUGUCAUCUGAGACCUUUCCCACUUCUCCCAGGACAGUAGGGAGGAGUUCUUUCUGUAGUCUUUCUACCCUGCUUGUCUUAAUUGCCCUGCUGAGAAUUACAGGACUUGGGUUCAUGUUGCUUGCAGUAAAAAAGUGGACUAUGGAAAUUAUCAGAGAACACUGUUAGGUUGACCCAGAUGCAGUACGAGGGUGAAAGGGAAUGAUUUAUGUUGUUAAAGUUCCUGGCUGUUCUGUUAAGGUUCCAGUUACUGUAAACUCCAAAGCCUUUGUGGCAUGUCUUGUGUGGCAUGAAGCGGUCUCUGGUACAAUACUGCCAUCUGCUGUUGUAAAAUGACAAGUCUUGCUCCUAAGAAUUUAGAAGUUGAGUCCUCACCUUAUAUAACAACAGAUGUUCAGGAAUCUGUAACAUUCAUAUAUCAAAUGAUAGAGGAACAAUUCAAGUAGGAAAAGAAUAAACAAAGUUUUGGGUCAGAAUCCAUCUGUAGACUUAAAUGCAAAACCGUAGCCUGUGCCAUUAGCCUAACAAGAGACUCCUAUUUCUGACUUGUGCCUUUCCCCCUUUUAAGGAGCAAUGAAAGCUACUCUGUUAGUUAUGGUUUUUCUGUUCUAAAAAUGUCAAAGAAAGUAGGAGAAAGUAGAAUAAGUGUUUUGUCCAUAUUUUUUGUUUCCAAGUACGGCUCUAACCUUAAGCUUUGUAGAACUGAAAUUCUUUCAAGUCCUUUUCUUUGUUUUGAUUCAUGCCAAAAACAACCAACUUGGACAUUGUGUUUUCAGUUACUAAGUUAAUUGAAGAGCAGUUGCCUUUGACAACAGACUAGCACAAAACCAUAUCAACUUUAUAAACAGGUAUAUUAUCUGCUUCCCUCCAUCUUCAGCAUAUUCAAAAUAAUCUGAGAAUAAUAGUUUCAAGAAACUUUGUUAUAUACCAUUGUCAUGAACCCCCAUCAGAGCCAUUCUUCUGUUUGGUAAUGGAAAGAGGCAUGUGGGAUUUAUACAGACUCACCUGUUGGAGAUUUGUGUGUAACUUUCACAAAUAAAGGCUAGCAGAAACCA